AUCUGCAAAAUUUUAACACUUUUUUUUAAAGAAAAAACUGCUGAACUAUCUUUUAAAAAAGAUUUGCAAAUUAAAUUUAAUAUUAAACAGUGUUAAAAUUAAUUAACAAUAAUCACUUUAAUGCAUGUCGCUAAAAAUUGGUCCGUACAGUAUUGCGUUGGUUUCCGAUUUCUUCUGUCCAAAUGCUGGUGGAGUUGAAACUCAUAUCUACUUUCUUGCACAAUGCCUCAUCGAACUAGGGCAUCGAGUAGUAGUCAUAACACAUGGCUAUGGAAAUAGAAAAGGAAUCAGAUACUUGUCGAAUGGUCUAAAAGUCUAUUAUCUUCCAUUUAUUGUCGCUUAUAAUGGAGCUACAUUGGGAUCAAUUGUUGGAAGUAUGCCGUGGCUACGGAAAGUUCUUUUGAGAGAAAAUGUGCAGAUAAUUCAUGGGCAUUCGACAUUUUCCUCGCUUGCACAUGAAACACUGAUGAUUGGUGGCUUAAUGGGGCUUCGAACAGUUUUCACUGAUCACUCACUAUUUGGAUUUGCCGAUGCUUCAGCUAUUCUCACCAACAAAUUGGUCCUACAAUAUUCUCUCAUAAACGUAGAUCAGACAAUAUGUGUGUCUUAUACGAGUAAAGAAAAUACAGUUUUACGCGGAAAGUUGGAUCCAAACAAAGUGUCUACAAUACCAAAUGCCAUUGAGACAUCACUGUUCACACCGGAUCGUAAUCAGUUUUUCAACAAUCCGACAACGAUAGUGUUUCUAGGACGAUUGGUAUACCGGAAAGGAGCUGAUCUUCUCUGUGAAAUUGUGCCAAAGGUCUGCGCUCGUCACAAGUCGGUUCGCUUCAUAAUUGGCGGAGAUGGUCCAAAACGUAUCGAACUAGAAGAAAUGCUCGAAAGAUUCAAACUACACGAAAGAGUCGUUAUUCUCGGAAUGCUCCCCCAUAAUCAAGUGAAACGAGUCUUAAAUCAAGGACAAAUUUUCAUAAAUACAUCGCUUACUGAAGCGUUUUGUAUGAGCAUUGUUGAAGCCGCGAGUUGUGGUUUACAUGUAGUCUCUACUCGAGUUGGAGGUGUUCCUGAAGUUCUUCCAAUUGGAGAAUUCAUAUCGUUAGAAGAACCAGUUCCAGAUGAUCUCGUUGAUGCUCUUCUAAAAGCGGUUGAUCGUCGAGAAAAAGGUCUAUUGAUGGAUCCUACUGAAAAACAUGAAGCUGUUUCAAAAAUGUACAACUGGCCGGAUGUAGCUGCAAGAACUCAAGUUAUCUAUCAAAAAGCCGUCGAGUCGGAGCCUACAGGAAGAUUAGGAAGAUUAAAAGGGUAUUACGAUCAAGGAAUCGGGUUUGGAAUCAUGUAUAUCGUUGUUUCGUGUAUCAUAAUUUUCUGGUUAACAGUCCUCGAUUUGUUUGAUUCUCCAAGGAAAAACGGGACCAACGACAAAACGAGUGAGAAAAAUGUUGAUCCUGACUAUCAGUGAUGUUUUUUCGCAUACGGGAUUUUUUGUAUUUAAUUCAUUUAGAUUGUUUUUGCAGAGUUUUAUCGCUUUAGCUUCAAUAAAUAAUUUAUUCUU